AUGUCGCAUCGCGGUCCUUCAGGUUACGGCAUUGGCGGCCCCAGUCCGUAUGCUGGUGGCAGCGUCGGAGUUGGAGUUUCUGACGAGUCCAACGGAGGCAGCGUCCUUGACCAGCUCCGGCCAUACACCAGCAAGGUCGAGGAUGCUCUGGACUCCAUCAGCGAGCCCGUCAAGCCAUACCUUCCCGCCAUUGGACGAUUCUUGAUCGUCGUCACGUUCCUCGAGGAUGCGCUCCGUAUCAUGACCCAAUGGAGCGACCAGCUGCUCUAUCUCCACGACUACCGCCAUAUUCCCACCGGACUCAACCACAUCUUCCUCCUCUUCAACGUCAUCGCCAUGGUUUCCUGCUCCACUCUCGUCAUUGCCAGGAAGUACUCUGACUACGCCGUUGCCGGUCUCAUGUCCGUGGUGGUCAUCCAGGCUUUCGGCUAUGGUCUGAUCUUCGACCUCAACUUUUUCCUGCGAAACCUGUCCGUCAUUGGUGGUCUGCUCAUGGUCCUGUCCGACUCAUGGGUUCGCAAGACCAAGGCUUUUGCCGGUCUCCCCACCCUGGAUGAGAAGGACAAGAAGAUGUACUUCCAGUUGGCUGGUCGUGUGCUCUUGAUCUUCCUCUUCAUUGGCUUCGUCUUCAGCGGCCAGUGGUCCUUCUGGCGCGUCAUCGUCUGCAUCCUUGGCGCUGGCGCCUGUGUCAUGGUUGUUGUUGGCUUCAAGGCCAAGUACAGCGCUACGCUGCUUGUCGUCAUCCUGAGCGGUUUCAACCUGCUGGUGAACAACUUCUGGACUCUUCACGAGCACCACCCGCACAAGGACUUUGCCAAGUACGAUUUCUUCCAGAUUCUGUCCAUUGUCGGUGGUCUGCUGCUCCUGGUCAACAGCGGCCCCGGCCAGUUCAGCAUCGACGAGAAGAAGAAGGUUUACUAA